AUGCCGAUAGAAGUGGUAACUGAAGAAGAAAUAACAAGCAGUGAAAUGCCAACAGAAGUGGUAACAGAAAAAGAAAUAACAACAAGCAGUGAAUUGCCGAUAGAAGUCGUAAAUCAAGAGAUAUUUACAAGCAGUGAAAUGCCGACAGAAGUGGUAACUGUAGAAGAAAUAACAAGUAGUGAAAUACCAACCGAAGUGGUAUCUGAUGAAGAAUUGACGACAAGUAGUGAAUUGGCGACAGAUUUGGUUACUGAAGAAGAAAUAACAACAAGCAGUGAAUUGCCGAUAGAAGUCGUAAAUCAAGAGAUAUUUACAAGCAGUGAAAUGCCGACAGAAGUGGUAACUGAAGAAGAAAUAACAAGCAGUGAAAUGCUAACAGAAGUGGUAACAGAAGAAGAAAUAACAACAAGCAGUGAAUUGCCGAUAGAAGUCGUAAAUCAAGAGAUAGAAUAA